CUCACUUUUUUCUUUUUUGAUGAGUGGUUAGUUAUGGAUCUCUGAAGAUGAGAGAAAAACCAAAUAAAUCGGCAAACCGGCGGUUUUGUGUAACCCGGCCGGUUCGAAGCUCCUUUUUUGUUUUCCUUGGCCAAAACGACGUCGUUUUGGGUCUUUUUAACAAAAAAAAAAAACACGAAACACUCGAAUACCUCCCCAAUCUCCACUCCCCCUAACCCUCAACCCCUCAACGGCACCCAUUCCCCAGUAAGGCAGCAAGCUAGCAACCCCUCCAGGCUCCAAUCCCGCCGGCCGUCUCGUCGUCUUCGUCUCGUCGUCUUGAUGCGGCUUCGACGACAUCCGCUGCUCGCAGGUCCUCUUCUCCGUCGCGGUUCUUUGCUUCCCGGCACCUUGCUCCGCGUCGGCGGCGCUGUCGUCGCGUCCUCUCCGUCCACUGCCUCCUAUCUCGGACAGAUGAAUCACACAGUACCGUGGAAAUGAAUCCAAAAUAAUUAGCUCGUGUUGGUUGUAACAGAAUCUGGUUGAACAAUAAAUCAACCAGCUCCAAGAAGGGAGCUUGUCUUUCACAAAUGAUUGGCACCAUAACCCUCAAAAUCCAAUGUCAAAGGCCAUCCUCGCUCGAAUCAAACCCCGUAACCUCCCCAAAGCCACCACCUUUACGCCGACCCGCUUCAGUCCCUGCAUCCACAACCUCGUUAUUGACGCCGUUCGAAUACUGGCAACCCACGCCCAAUGGCAGGACUCCCUUGAGUCUCGCUUUGCAGAAUCCGAGGUUCUAGUUUCGGACGUUGCUCAUUUCAUUCUAGACCGAAUACACGACCCGGAACUGGGUUUGAAGUUCUUCGACUGGGCUAACUCGAGACCCUUUUCUUGUUCCCUCAAUGGCUUUGCUUAUUCCUCUCUUCUUAAGCUCCUGGCAAGAUUCAGAGUGUUCUCUGAGAUCGAGCUGGUUCUGGACAGCAUGAAAGUUGGGAACUUGAAGCCUACCCAUGAAGCUUUGAACUCUUUGAUUCGAGCCUACGGAGAUUCUGGGAUGGUUGAUGCUGCCCUACGGUUAUUCUAUACAGUGCGGGAAAUGCAUGGUUGUUUUCCCAGUGUUGUCGCUUCUAAUUCGUUGCUGAAUUGUUUGGUCAAAAGGGGGAACGCUGAGGUUGCAAGGAAGCUGUAUGAUGAAAUGCUUGUGACAGAUGGUGGCACUGGUAAGGUUGUGGAUAACUAUAGCACCGGGAUAGUGGUUAAGGGUCUAUGCGACUUUGGGAAGGUUGAGGAAGGUAGAAGGUUGAUUGUAGAUAGAUGGGGGAAGGGUUGUGUGCCCCAUGUUGUGUUCUACAAUAUGAUUAUUGAUGGGUAUUGCAAGAAGGGUGAUCUCCAAGCUGCAACUAGAGUUUUCAAGGAACUGAAAUUGAAGGGAUUUUUGCCAACGUUAGAAACUUAUGGUGCUAUGAUUAACAGUUUAUGCAAGGAAGGGGAUUUCGUGACAAUUGAUCAACUUAUGAAAGAAAUGGCUGAGAGGGGAUUGCGUGUGGAUAUUCAAGUGUAUAAUAAUAUUAUUGAUGCUCAAUACAAGCAUGGUCUGGUGGCAAAAGUAGCUGAGACAAUGAGAAGGAUGGCUGAGAUGGGCUGUAAGCCGGAUAUUACUACUUACAAUAUUAUGCUUAACUUUUCGUGUAGGGUUGGAAGGAUCAAAGAAGCUGAUGAACUUUUAGAGAGGGCAAUAGAAAGGGGAUUAAUGCCUAACAAGUUUAGUUAUACGCCUCUUAUGCAUGCUUAUUGCAGAAAAGGGGAUUAUGUUAAGGCAUCAAAUAUGCUUUUUAAGAUUGCCGAAACAGGAGAAAAACCAGACGUGGUUUCGUAUGGAGCUUUUAUCCAUGGAGCUGUUGCUGCUGGGGAAAUUGAUGUUGCACUUAUGGUACGGGUUAAAAUGAUGGAAAGGGGAGUAAUUGCUGAUGCCCAAAUUUACAAUGUCCUGAUGAGUAGCCUCUGCAAGAAAGGGAAUUUUCCUGCUGCCAAAUUGCUACUUUCAGAAAUGCUUGACCGGAAUGUUCAACCAGAUGCAUAUGUUUAUGCCACCUUGGUAGAUGGAUUAAUUAGGAAUGGUGAACUUGAUGAGGCAAGAAAGCUUUUUGAAGUCAUAAUUGCAAAGGGUAUAGACCCCGGCAUUGUUGGGUACAAUGCCAUGAUUAAAGGUUUUUGUAAAUUCGGAAAGAUGGCAGAUGCUGUGUCAUGCUUGAAUAGGAUUAAAAAUGCACGUCAUGCUCCAGAUGAAUACACUUAUUCCACAUUUAUAGAUGGGUAUGUGAAGCAGCAUGACUUGCAAAGUGCACUCAAGAUGUUUGGGCAGAUGGUGAAACAGAAGCUCAAGCCAAAUGUGGUCACCUACACGUCCUUGAUCAACGGAUUCUGCAAUAUAGCAGAUUUGGGCAGAGCUGAAAAAGUUUUCGCAGGGAUGCAAUCUUUCAAUUUGCAGCCUAAUGUUGUCACAUACACUAUACUUAUAGGGGGAUUCUGCAAGACCGCUAAACUUGAAAAGGCAGCAACAUUUUUUGAACUUAUGCUGACAAAUAGUUGUCUCCCAAAUGACACUACGUUCCAUUAUCUGAUAAAUGGUUUGACAAAUAAUACAAACGCACUGGUUCUUGUUGAGAAAAAUGAGUCUGACAAAGAUUGCAGAACCUUGCUAUUGGAUUUCUUUGCAGUGAUGAUAUCGGAUGGAUGGAGCCCUGUGAUUGCUGCUUAUGAUUCCAUUAUUAUUUGUCUUUGUAAGCAUGAAAUGUUUGAUACUGCUCAGUUGUUGCAAACAAAGAUGCAGAGUAAGGGGUUUCCUAUGGAUCCUGUAUGUUUCAGCGCUCUGCUACAUGGGUUAUGCCAGAAAGGUAAAUCAAAAGAGUGGAGAAAUACUAUAACUUGCGACAUAAGUAAGAUUGACCUACAAACUGCUGUUAAGUAUUCCCUGAUAUUAGAUAAAUACUUGGGUCAAGGUACGCAUUCAGAGUCUUCAGUUAUUUUGCAGACCUUGAUUGAAGACUCCAGGGCUUCUGAGCAUCCUGCAGAACAUGAUCUAAAGGUUAUAGUAAGAUAGGGAAUGAGGAAAUGUAAUAUAUAAAUGUAGUAUACGGGGAGUUAGAAUUUCAAAAAAGAUGACCCUUCCAUAUUUUUUAUCUGGAUUCUGCCAUGCUUGAGGACAGCAUCCAUGAAAGAAACGAUGCAGGUUUUUCAUUCUAUAAUUAUUUUUAUGAAGAGGGUGUUUAGUUCACUCCGUGCUAUGAAUUGAAGCAUGGGAUGUGGCUACCUGUAAAAGCAGAGUCUGCAAUAUAUACUGGCACUUUAUGAUUGAUCAUAAGGCAUUGUUCUCUGAGUUAAAGCUUCAGGUACAUUUGGCAGUUCACUAGUUAAAUUUGAACUUUCCUACAAAUUGCACUUGGCUCUUUUUCAUCUUAGAUUGGCAGCUACUUGGUUAAUGGUCAGUUGGUCACUCAUGGAUGGUGAAUAUCUCAAAUACUUUAGAAAAUAAAUUUGAAAUUUCUGAUUUUUCUUAGAAAUGGUAAUUUGGCAACACUGAAACGUGCUGUGAUGUCAUGUGCACUAUCAAGUUUAUCUCAUUGAAUUCAAC